ACCGAUUCCUGCACUGGCAUGUAUGCCAUUACUAGGGUACCGAACAAUGAUGAACGUUAAGCCUUCUAUGAAACUUGUUCAGCGCUUCAGCCUCAGUCACUGAGACAACUUGGCAUACUACCGACUCGGAUGGCUAAUAUCUUGAUUCGUUACGACUUAGAACAGUUCAAAUGGAAGCCCUUUAAAGGUGAAGGCGUCCGGAAUGGAUGUACUCGUCCUCUUGGAGGCGGUGAGCUUGUCCACGAGAUUUGCAACCGCUAUCUCAAGGGCGAUCAAACGUUAUUCUUUGGAGUCACUAUCGACUUGCAUGACACUAUGAGCAUCACCAAGCUCAGCUCUUCCGCUCAAGAAUGUUGGUCCUGGCUUCGCUUCCAAGUUCCUACCAUCGCGUCAUCCAUACUAAAUGAAUCCGAUUACAAGCUGCCCAUGUUGAUCUAUACAACGGCGAGUCCGCAAGAGAUCAGCCGGUGGGUGCAGCGCACUCUCAUUAUUCAUCCACCCUCACAUAUCGACCUCAACCAAUUGCGGAUCAACGAGGGUCUGAAGAAGGUCCCCUCAUCUGAAGGAGAUUAUACAUGGAUGCACCUUGUCCCUGGCGAAAUCGCAAAUGGGAUAGUCUCCAAAUUUUGUCUGCUAUUCCAUACUCAUCACUCGCUGUUCGAUGGUGCAGGUUUAAAGAUCGUUGUGAAUCGCUACCUCGCACAAUUGGCGAAGGUGCUCUCCGACUCCUAUAGCGCGUCCGAGUUUAUGGAAUGGGGAAAUGAGCUGGGGAACAUCCCUCCGGCAGCCUACAACAUCCUGAACUCCAAAGAAUCCCUUCCCAUUUCGCCAGACUCGCUAGAAGACCCUUGCUUUGACCAUGAUUACUACAAGUCCCUUGGAAGUGUCCUCUCUGCCUUGGGCGCGUCGACGAAGGAUAAAUACGGAUUUAGCGCUCGCCCCAAAGAUACAAAGUGGCCGAAGACGUGUCGCGCCGAGGUCCUCUUCACGAGGGAAGAAUCAGAAAGAAUUCUGGCUGCCUCGAAAAUAUCUGGGUUCACACUUACACACCUUGCCCACGCUGCGUUAGCAAUGGUCGUUAUAGCCGAUAAUCCACCCAAUUCUCUGUCUUCCUCUCACUACUUGAACAACCCAUCUAUGGCUAAUUUCCGAGGCCGGUUGGAUCCGAAACACGCGCUACAUCCAGGUUAUGCUCUUGGCAUUUCCAUAGCCAGGAUUCCGGUAUCAGCGUUCUUGUCCGCUGACGGAAGUGUCUUGCCAUUGGACAGGGACAUACUUUUACGGGUAGCAGACAUAGCCAAGGGACAGUAUCGAGCCCUUAUAGAAUUGCCCGCCGGGUUGAGUUGCAUGCCGCAGGGUUGUGAAGCAUUUGCCAUGAUCAAUGUGCAUGCUGCAUCUACAAACAUGUUGCCGCCCAACCAGUGUUACUCAUUUUCCAGUGACGGCAAAGGGGAGAACUACUUGAAUCACACUUUUGCGGAUGACACUGGGAAACCCGUCCUUACAGUGAACAAGUUUUUCACAUCACUGAACAGAUUAGACCCCGGCCCAUUCUUUCGUCUCUCCUCCUGGGGGGGCGUGAUCGACCUUGGCGCUGAUUACAACUCUAAUAUCGUGAAGACGGAGGAUGUGAUGAAUUACUUGAAUCAAUGGAAGAGGUUCUUACUUCUGAUCCUUGACAACUGAAUGUUAACUAUAUCUUGUCAUCAUUGUCAUGUUUAUAUCAUUGGGAACUAGACGAGCAAUGCGAC